AUGGAGCAGCAAGAAAAUGAACUGGACAGAAAAUCAUUCAACUGUUCGAUCUGUCUGGAUCUACUGAAGGAUCCGGUGACUAUUGGCUGUGGACACAGCUAUUGUAUGAGCUGUAUUGAAACCAACUGGGACCAUGUGGAUGUAAUAGGAAUCUACAGCUGCCCUCAGUGUAGACAGACCUUCACAGAGAGGCCGGUCCUGGUGAAAAGCUUUGUGAUAGCUGAUCUACUGGAGGAGCUGAGAAACAUUGAACUCCUAGCUGCUACUGCUGAUCACUCCGUUGGACCUAAAGAUGUGGCCUGUGAUUUCUGCACUAAAAAAACCUGUAAAGCUCUCAUGUCCUGUUUGGGUUGUUCGGCCUCUUAUUGUGAAAAACACCUCCAAACUAUUUUUCAAUCACCUCAAUUUAAUAUGAUGGAGCCAUCCGAGAAGCUCCAGGAGAACAUCUGCUCUCGUCACAAUGAGGUGAAGAAUAUUUUCUGCCACACUGAUCAGCAGUGUAUCUGUUAUCUCUGCGCUGUGGAUGUACAUAAAGCUGCAGCUGAAAAGAAUAAGAGGCAGAGAGAGCUCUGGCUCAGGAGAAAAAGAAUCCAGCAGAGACUCCAGGACCUAGAGGAAGAUGUGAAGAUGCUUCCAGAGGAUGAGGAGGUCGUCAAUGCCAAUGCUGAUAAACUAGUGAAGUGGAGUAAGGAGAUCUUCACUAACCUGGUCGAAAAGGUGGAGAAAAGAAGCUCUGAAGUGAAGCAGCAGAUCAGAUCCCAGAAGAAAACUGAAGUGAGGCGAGUCAGAAUGUUUCAGGAGAGACUGAAGCAGGAGAUCACUGAGCUGAAGAGGAAAGACCAUGAACUGAAGCAGCUCUCAGACACAAAGGACCACAUACAGUUUCUAGACAACUACCCCUCACUGUCACCACUCAGUGAAUCUACACACUCCAGCAUCACGAUCCAUCCCCUGAGGUACUUUAACGACGUGACAGCAGCUGUGUCACAGGUCAGAUAUCGUCUACAGGACGUUCUGAGUGAGACAGAGACAAAUAUUUGACAGAUACAAGAAUAUCAGAAGAGCAGAGAGGUCAGAUGAAUGUGGAUUUGGAUACAAUGAUAAAUCUUUAUAAGUCGUUAUAUUAUGUUGGAAACAGCUAU